UCAACAGUCAACGACAUAAGUACGCGGAUUAGACGGCUAUUGGUCUCUAGAUCGACUUAACAGUACAAGCCGCGGAGUAAAAGGGUAGACACGUAUUUCACUGUGAAUUAUAGUUGUUAGAUAUUCACUAUAUAUACUUUACUUACUAAGAUACAUAUAGGCAAUUACAUUUUAACGAGAGCGAUACGAAAACGGAAAGCGUGGAUUAAACCUCAAAAACAAACAAUAGGUGCGUCGUCUGCUAACGGAACUGUAUUGCGAUAAUUGAACGUUAUGUAUACAGUGGCAUGGAACUGACUUUGGCGAAACUUAGUAAUUAUUGGAAUUUCUCCGAGUGUGUGUAUGGUUAGGGGAAUUAUGUCAGUUAUUAUUCUGAGUUCCUUUAAACCGACAUCUUUGUAAGCAUUGGUGAACGGUCGAGGUUGCGUCCUCAAGAGACACUGGCCUUGCUGCCCGAUCGUUUGUGUGAAUGCGCUGUAGUAUUAUUUAUAUAUCAGUCCGAGUGAUUUUUAUUAUAGUAGCGCACGUAUAUACAUAUAUAAACUAUAUAGAUGAUGAUGUGUAUGGGACUCAGUACUACGAUAAAGAUGGUCUUAUAUUUAAGACUGUUAUUGUUUAUAUUCCUAUGGAAAGUAGCUGCCACCUCGACUACACCAUCAACAGUAACCAAUUCAGAUAGUCUGGUAUAUCUAAUGGAGUUUGGUUACUUAGCACCACAGAAUCCUAAAACUGGUGCUUUACGUUCCGAAGAAUCUGUAUCGAUAGCUUUAAAACGACUACAGAGAAUGGGCGGGGUCAAGGAAACAGGUGUAUUAGAUAAUGAUACUAAACAGCUGAUGACGUUACGGCGAUGUGGUGUUCCUGACAAUGUUGGUAUUGGUAAUGGUGCUAGACGUAAGCGUUACGCAGUUCAAGGGAGUAAAUGGGCCAAGAAAGAGUUAACAUAUCGUACAAAAUCUUAUCCCGGGGCUUUACCAAGGAAUCGUGUGGAAACUGAAGUCAAAAGGGCCUUAGAAAUUUGGUCAAAAGUUACACCCUUACAAGGAAUUAUAUUUUAUUUUCAGAUUUGGUCAAAAGUUACACCCUUAACAUUUAUAAAAGAAGAACGUAUGGACGGGGACGUUGACCUCGAGAUCAAAUUUGUUCGUCGCUCUCAUGGAGAUGGUAAUCCCUUUGAUGGUCAAGGUCGUACUCUGGCGCACGCCUUUUUUCCACAAUAUGGCGGCGAUGCACAUUUUGACGAGGAGGAGCCAUGGACGGUAGACACACCAGAAGGAGUAAACUUAUUUCAAGUUGCCGCCCACGAAUUUGGCCAUUCAUUGGGGUUGGCACAUUCAGACGAUAGCAGAGCGCUAAUGGCGCCAUUCUAUCGUGGUUACCAGAAGUCUAUUGAGCUGUCGUCUGAUGAUAUCAAUGCCAUACGAGAACUAUAUGGUAGUCCAUCACCAUAUAAACCAACAAGAUCACCAACUAUAACUGUACCUUCUAUAUGUAAUGAUCCUACUAUAGACGCUAUUACUAGAACAACCGAUGGCUUGACGUAUGUAUUCAAAGGACAGAAAUAUUAUCGUUUAAAUGGUUAUGGAGUUGAUCUUGGAUACCCACGUGAUAUAUCGUGGGAUUGGAAAGGUGUAGAGGGACCUAUUGAUGGUGUUGUACAUUGGGAUAAUGGUUUUACUUAUUUCUUUAAGGGAGAAUAUUAUUAUAAAUUUCAUAAUUUCCGCUUUAUCUACGCCAAAUUAAUAUCAGAAGGUUUUAGAGGAAUACCUAAUGACGUCGAUGCUGUUUUUGUGUGGGGCGGAAAUGGCAAGACUUAUUUCUUUAAAGGUGAUCGGUAUUGGAGAUAUACAGACAGAGCAGUAGAUUUUGGUUAUCCUAAACCGUUAACAGUAUGGCGAGGGCUACCUAAUCGUAUAGAUGGAGCUUUUAAAUGGCGUAAUGGAAGAACGUAUUUUUUCAGUGGUAACCAGUAUUACAGAUUCCAUGAUAAUAAAUUCAAAGUUGACGAAGGAUACCCUCGUAAUAUUGGUAAUUGGUGGUUAGGAUGCCCGGAUAGAAAAGACAACAUUAUUCAAAGCGUGCCACCCGGAACUGAUCAGUUCGUUGCUAAGGAGAAGGGUCAAAGAGAGGCAGAUUCAAAUCAAGAUGAUGAAUUACUUCUGGUUGUAACGGAAUCAAAAACGGAUGUUAACUCAUUUAGUGACUCAACAACAAUUACCUACAGUUUACAGUUAAUAUUAGUAGCAGCGAUACCACUUGUCAUCUUCAAUAGUUGAUGUGUCACUGCUAACUAUUUGGGGGGAUAAGCUCGGUGUAAAUUCAGCGAAUGUUUAGUUCAUUUAUAUUCCAUUCCAAAAUAUUUCAGUACUAGACAACUAUGGUGGAAAACAGUGUCAAAUGACGAUGUACUACACAAAAAGGAGUGACAACAUUCACAUUACAUACAAAAAUGAGAGUUAAUGAGAAUGGCUCAGAUUAACGCAUCACCUCUCUCUAGUCUAUCUAUAUAUGGGUAAUGGCCCAACAGUUUAAGAAUGUCGAUAGAGGAAAAUGACCUAUAAAAUGGUAGUUUAAACAAUUCUUCACACCAUAAAAACUUGUGUUAUUUGAACUUUUAGACAAUGGCGUCAACAUUGCUGAUAAUUUUAACUCUUUAAGUGCCCCCCGUUUCGAAGAAAGCAGGGGACUAUUAAAAUGGGUCUGUCCGUCUGUCUGUCUGUCCGUCACACUUUUUGGGACACAAUAACUCUCCUUCUAAUUGCGCUAGAAUGUUCAAACUUGGUGUAGGUAUUUGUUGUGCAUUUGAUGUGCAUUUUCUGCUUAGAGUAAGCAGUGAUAAGCAAUUUGAUUGGUUGAUGCUUUGGAACACGAUAACUUUAGUUCUAAAAAAAUGAAAGCGGUGAAACUUGGUGUAUAGUUUUAUUACAUCAUUGCCUUGACUAAGGUCGAUAAUGAACAUUUUCUGCUCAGGGUUGGUAGAGCGAUAAGCAAUUAUAUUGGUCGAGAUUUUGGAAGACAUUAACUCUCCUUCUAUUUGAGGUUUCUCCUUGACAGUGGUACAGGACGGAGGGCGGACAAGGACAGCUGUCUAGUCUUUCGGAUUGAACGAACAAUCGAGGUCCCGUGUUCACAUUUGCGUGCACGUAAAAGAUCCCUCGGCAGUUGGAAUUCGAUACAAGAGUAGGCCGUGGUGCCGAUAUCCAGGUACAAUUUCCCUUAUAGCACAAUGUAUGGCGUAUGCACGUCUUAAUUAGCCCAGUUAUUUCAUUUCUAAUUGGGGUAUAAUUGUUCAAACUUGGUGCAGGCGUUCAUUGGGUGAAUGCUUCGAUGGAGUUCGAAGAUGAGCAUAGUCUGCUUACAGUAAGCGGAGAUAAGCAAUUUGAUUGGUUGAUGCUUUGGGGCACGAUAACUUUAGUUCUAAGUACGUGAGCGUGAUGACGUUUGGUGUAUAGUCAAUACCUUGACUAAGUUCGAUAAUGAACAUUUUCGGCUCUGGAUAAGCAGAGCGAUAACCAAUUUGAUUGGUCAAGUCUUUGGAGCUCGACAACUUUGAUUCUAAUUGAGUGAUAGUGGUGAAAAUUGGUGUAUAGUGUCAUUACAUCAAUAACUUAAGUUCGAUGCUGAGCAUUUUCUGCUUAGGCAAAGUAGAGACUUCGAUCUGAUUGGUCGAGACAUUGGAACAUAAUAACCCUCCUUCUAAUUGAGGUAGUAGGACGUUAAACCCCAUUUCAUUUCAUUUCUAAUUGAGGUAGAAUGAAUGUUCAAACUUGGUGUAGGUGUCUAUUAGAUGAAUGCUUUGUCAGAGUUAGAUCAUGCGCCUUUUGCAUUAAGGCUAAGCAGAUAUAAGCAAUUUGAGUGGUUGAGACUUGGAACACGAAAACGUUUGUUCUAAUUGUGUGAGAGAGAGCGAUGAAACUCCGAGUAUAGAUUCGUUCAUUACCUAUCACUAAGUUCGAUGAUGAGAAUUUUCUGCUUAGGCUAAGGAGCGAUAACCAAUUUGAUUAGUCAAGACAUUCGAACAUAAUUGGGGUAGAAUGUUUAAACUAGAUGUAGAUGUUCAUUGGGUGAAUGUCUUGACGGAGUUCGAUGAUUAACAUUUCCUGCUACAGCUAAGCAGAGCUAAGCAUUUUCAGUAGUCGUUGCUCUGGGACAAGAUAACUUUUAUUCUAACUGAUAGAGAGUGAUGAAACUUACCGUAUCGUUGAUAACCAGUUUGAUUGCUCGAUACUUUUGAAAAAGAUAAACGUGCAAUUAAUUAAUUAAUAUGUGUCAUCUAUUUAUGUGGGGAUUUCGGCGGGGAACAUCAGCCUCACUAUUGGCUUGUUUCUAAAUUACUGACUGCGAUAAAUAUGUUUUCAGAAACACAUGCCAUUUUAUCGUGGAGGGAAUUAUAUGGGAGAGAUUUAUGGUAAAAGGGAAGUUUGAACAAGGAGUUUACUUAAUCUUCGACAAACUGAACGGAUAUGUAGAAUAAGACCUAUAUGUUUAUCACAUUUACAUCAUCUGUAUUAUAAUCGCCACUUUAGACCAAACUGUUUUAUUGUUUCAAACUUUGUGUAUAUGUAUAAACUGAAUGUAAAUAGCUUGAUAUGUUAAAUUCACCAAUGGGAGCGGAUUUAGCUCCCCUUUAAGUUUACUUUCUUAUUGAACACACGAUUGCACGAAAUUACAUAUUUCUAAAAGUUCAUAAUAAAUAAUGAAUGGGCAGUCGCUCUCUUUUGAACGACCGUCUGUACCACGACCAAAUUGGACCUUAUGGUAGUUGAAUAUGAAAAGAAAUCUGACUUUUCAUUGGCUAAGUGUUAAAGUACAUUGUAAAAAUUUCAUCUGAAGACAAACGAAAAUUCUGGAUCCAUAAAAUAUUUUAUUGAAAAAACAACCGUAAUUUCAAAAGGUGUUACCACUUUCACCAAGAAAAUAAAUGUAAUUAAUUUUCAUUAAUACCAUAUUCAAAAUACUCCCCAGCGUUUGAGCGUUCGUCAAACCCAUUGGCAAAUGCCAUUGCAGCAAUGGUUGAACAGAUUCGUCUCAAAGUUAGCAUACAAUCUAAUUUAAAUAUCACCGAUUUAUAGUAAAAUCACAUCAAUUCAUUUUUGUCUCCAACGGCUUCAGGGCGAGGUCUUUUCAUCGGGUUUCAAUUUUUGCUCCUUCUAGAAAAACCUUAGCAAAAUCCAAAGUUUAAAGGGAUAAAAUUAACUUUAUCAGUUACCUAACAAAUAAGAAUUUUUAAGGAAGUUUUUUAUAUUUGAGACAUUAUCUUUUAUUAGGGCGACUGUCAACAUUCAUAAGAAGUGCAAUAUAGAAUACAAUAGUGUAAAUUAUAAGUAAUAUAUAUUUCAUUAUCAACCAGAACCACGUAUACUGUGUGUGCUCGUAUGCUUAUAUUUAUUGCAUGCGGGCGUGCAAAUCUCAUAUUUUUUAUACAAUCCAUAUUUCAUGUCAUUUACAGUGAAAAAGAAUAAAAUAUGUAAAUAUCGAAAA